ACUGCCAGAGAUGGGAUCCCAUUAGAAAUGCAGUGCCACCACCGGAGACUAAACCCAGUCAGAGACAGCACCCUGUCAUAGGUGGCAUGUCACCACCAGAAACAAAAUCUUGUUAGAGACGGAAUUCUGUCAGAGAUGGAGUGCCACCACAAGAAACAAAAUCUUGUUAGAGACAGAAUCCUAUCAGAGACGGAGUGCCACCGCCAGAGACGAAAUCCUUUUACAGAGGGAAUCCUGUCAGAAACGGAGUGCCACCACCAGAGACAAAACCCUGGCAGAGACAGAGCCCUGUCAGAGACAGAAUGCCACCACCAGAGACAAAAUCUUGUCAGAGACAGAAUUCUGACAGAAACAGAAUACCACUGCCAGAGACAAAAUCCUGUUAGAGAUGGAGACAUGUCAGAAACGGAAUCCUGUCAGACACGGAAUGCCACCAGCAGAGUCAAAAUCCUGCCAGAGAUGGAAUACCACUGUCAGAGGCAAAAUCCUGUCAGAGACAGAACCCUGUCAGAGAUUCAAUGCCCUCACCAGAGACAAAGCUCUCUCAGAGGCAGAAUUCUUCCAGAGAUGGAAUGCUGCUAUGAGAGACAAAACCCUGCCAGAGACGGAAUCCUGUCAGAGAUGGAAUUCCCCUGCCAAAGACAUAACCUUGUCAGAGACAGCGCCCUCUCAGAGAUGGCAUGCCACUGCCAAAGACAUCAGCCUGUCAGAGACGGAAUCCUGUCCAAAAGGGAAUCCUACCAGAGAUGGAAUGCCACCGCCAGAGACAAAAACCUGUCAGAGAUGGAAUGCCACUGCCAGAGACAAAACUCUGUCAGAGACAGAAUCCUGUCAGAGAUGACAUGCCCCUGCCAGAGACAAAACCUUAUCAGAGACAGAACACUGUUAGAGAUGGCAUGCCACUGCCAGAGGAAAGAUCCUGUCAGAGAUGAAAUCCUGUCAAAGAUGGAAUCCUGUCAAACACAGAAUGUCACCACCAGAGACAAAUUCCUGUCAGAGAUGAAAUGCCACUGCCAGAGGCAAAAUCCCAUCAGAGACAGAAUUCUGUCCAAAAUGGAAUGUCACUGCCAGAGACAGAAUUCUGUCAGAGAUGGAACGCCAUGGCCAGAGGCAAAAUCCUUUCAGAAACAGAAUCCUGCCAGAGACAGAAUGCCACCCCUUAAGACCGGAUCUUCUCAGAGAUGGUAUGCCACCACCAAGGAUAAAACACAGUCAGAGGUAGAACCCUGUCAGAGAUGGAAUGCCACUGCCCGAGACAAAAUCCUGCCACUGAUGAAAUGCUACUGCCAGAGACAAAAUCCCAUCAGAGAUAGAACCCUUCCAGAGAUGGACUGCCCCUGCCAGAGAAAAGAUCCUAUCAGAAUCGGAAUGGUACCAUCAGAGGUAAAAUCAUGUCAGAGGCAGAAUCGUGUCAGAGAUGGAAUGCCACCGCCAGGAACAGAAUCCUGCCAGAGAGGGACUGCCACCCCGAAAGACAGAAUCCUGUCAGAGACCGAAGGUCACCUUCAGAGACAGGAUCCUGUCAGAGACAGAAUCUCAUCAGAGACGGAAUCCCAUCAGAGAAAGAAUCCUGUCAGUGAUGGAAUCUUGUCAGAGAUGGAAUCCCAUCAGAGACAGAAUCCUGUUAGAGACAGAGGCCCAUCAGAGACGGAAUCCUGUCAGGGACAAAUUCCUGUCAUGGGUGGCAUCCUGUCAGAGGCAGAAUUCCAAUGCCAACGAACCAUUUGUCUGAAUCGGCAUGUCACAGCAUAGGAUCUUCGAACAGGCAAAUGAGCAACUAGAAAGCUUUGACGAAAAAUCAGACCACAUUUGUACUAUAGGGUUAUAGCCGUUCAACUGCCUAAAGGACCUGGAGAGCUGUUCUUAUCCAGUGUCUCAACCCAGCACCCAGCACCUGCCUUCUCAACUGCCGGCCCUAUCCACCUGGCCCCAAACACUCUGACGUGCAUACGGCAUAGUGGACUUGCUUGGGGAAGACUGC